GUUGUGACGUCACGAAGAGAAAAAUCUCUUGGGUGGAUGAUACACAGUCGUUUCAUUGUUUUGGUCACCGUCUCGUAAAAAACAUGUCUUCUCUUGAAAUGAAGAUGGAGACAUGUACUUCCUCAGACGAGAGAGUGGAUCAAAAGAGGGUGGAGACUGCUGCAAUGAUCACGUCAUUAACGCCUCGUACACCGGAACCGUCACCUCAGUAUAAUCAGGAUCGUGAUAUAUGUAUAAAGUGUUUUGAUGGCUGGACCGAAAAUGACCAAGUUGUGUUUGUUGAACAUUUAUUAUCUCGGAUGUGUCAUUACCAACAUGGACAGAUUAACACAUUUUUAAAACCUAUGUUGCAAAGAGAUUUCAUUUCAGCACUGCCAGCAAAGGGUUUAGAUCAUGUAGCAGAGUCCAUCCUUUCCUUCCUGGAUGCCAAAUCAUUAUGUGCAGCAGAGUUAGUGUGCAAAGAGUGGUACCGUGUGAUCUCAGAAGGAAUGCUAUGGAAGAAAUUAAUAGAGAGAAUGGUGCGCACAGAUCCCUUAUGGCAAGGGCUAGCAGAAAGACGAGGAUGGAUUCACUUUUUGUUCAAACCUAAGCCUGGAGAGCCCCAGAAAGACCACAAAUUCUACAGAAACCUAUACCCAAACAUCAUUCAGGACAUUGAGAAAAUAGAGAACAAUUGGCGGACGGGCCGACACACCUUACAGAGGAUACAUUGUCGCAGCGAGACAAGCAAAGGUGUAUACUGCCUACAGUACGACGAGACCAGGAUCAUCAGCGGCCUCAGGGACAACACGAUUAAGAUCUGGAACAGAACUUCCCUGGAGUGUAUUCAGGUGUUGACUGGACACACAGGCUCUGUGCUGUGUCUACAGUAUGACGACAACAUCAUCAUCUCUGGCUCCAGUGACUCAACUGUCAGAGUGUGGGAUGUCCGUACCGGAGAAAUGUUGAACACUUUGAUUCACCACUGUGAAGCUGUUCUCCAUCUUCGAUUCUGUGAUGGAAUCAUGGUCACCUGUUCAAAGGAUCGAUCAAUUGCUGUGUGGGACAUGCAGUCACCGACAGAAAUCAACCUGCGUAGGGUCCUGGUUGGUCAUCGGGCCGCUGUUAAUGUGGUGGACUUUGACGAAAAAUAUAUUGUAUCUGCCUCUGGAGACCGAACCAUAAAGGUUUGGAGCACAUUGUCCUGUGAAUUUGUUAGGACGCUCAACGGUCACAAAAGAGGAAUUGCCUGUCUCCAGUACAGAGACCGACUGGUAGUGAGCGGAAGCUCAGAUAAUACUAUAAGACUGUGGGACAUUGAAUGUGGUGCCUGUCUGCGAGUCUUAGAAGGGCACGAAGAGUUGGUGCGAUGUAUUCGCUUUGACAACAAACACAUUGUCAGUGGUGCCUAUGAUGGAAAAAUCAAAGUGUGGGACCUUGCUGCAGCAUUGGACCCUCGUGCCCCUGCAGGAACUCUCUGUCUCCGAACGUUAGUGCAGGAACAUUCAGGCCGCGUAUUCCGUCUACAAUUUGAUGAAUUUCAAAUUGUAAGUAGUUCACACGACGACACCAUCCUAAUUUGGGACUUCUUAAAUGUGGCAGUGCAGGAAGGAGCAGGCCCAUCCAACUCCCCAGCACGGUCCUACAACAAUUUCAACAAGUGAUUUCUCAUCGAUUGGAAACCUGACACUUGAGGAUUUACAUGCACCUGUGAGCACAUCCUAGAUCUGCUUUGAAAAGAAAAUGAAAUUCCACGGGAAUGGAUUUUUUUGUGUCCAAAAGCAUCACUUUGGUGAUGUAUUGAUGACAUAGGGUCACAUUUCAGUGCUAAAAUGAUUUUGUUUAGGUAUGCUGACCUAAUUCAUUUUCAUUUGAAAUGUAUUCCCUUUUUAAACUUUUGUUUGUUUGCUGGCUAACAUUGCCUUAUUCGAAUGGCUAGGUAAUUUGUGUUGCAACAUGACUUCAUUUCCCUGCCAAGAUCUCAGACGCUGUGUGUGGCUAGGACUGCACAGUACCAAGCCCGGUACAUUAAUCGUUUGAGGUCAUAGGUUCUGGAGACAACAUCAAUUGAGGAUUUUCCGAAGGGAAGAGUGCUUAAACAUGUAACUUGUUCAAAACAUACACCACAGUUCAAAAGCAGGUUAAAUCUACAGUCUUGAAUCUUGCUUUUUGGUUGUCAGGUUCAUUAAUACACGAAAAGAUCAUGUCAGCUUUGUAUGAAGGUAUUUGUUGAUUUUAAGAAUGAAAGAAAGAAUGGUAUGCAUAACGCCAAUGGUCUAAGCUUAUUAUUGGUCGAUGUAUGGCUGUUCAGUGGAAAUUUGUAUGCAAACUCUACCAAGUACCUUGAAUGGUGUGGUGCCGUGACAGAAUGUUGUGUCUAUUUGUAGAGAUGUGUCUUGGAGUGGUUGUACAUUGGUUGUUUGGUAGUCACCAUUAGUAGUUGUAGUGGUAGUGCUCCUAUAGACGGCAACUCUCCCUGUUUUAUUGUGUAAUGCUUCAUGUGGACAAGUGAACAUGCAGGACACAUUAUACAAUGCUCAACUUAAAUGGAGAUUAUUCCAAAUUACUACAUGGGAGGGAUGGGAAACAAUCAUUCAGCAAUCCCGUCAAAUUUGGUUGUGGGGCACCAAUUUUAAGAAAAUCUAGAUCUUUCACACUAAUGCUGUUGGCUUUGUAUUGAUGAUUGUCUAUUUCCCUCCAAUGCCCUUGAUUCUGAAAUAAUUCAAACUGAGAAAACGGCUACGUUCCAUUUCAGAUAUUUUCCAGAGUUUGAUUGUUCAUUAAAAACUUUGUGAUAUAUUUUUAUGUCUUCAAUAUUCUGAUAAAUCAAACUUUAAUUUCGUAUUUUGUCAUUUGUGAAUUUCCUGGAUCAUCUAUGGCUUGUGCAAUUGGGGUUAGGAUCAGACGUUCUUAUUUAGGAGAGUCAAAAAUCCAGCAAGUUUGCUUGAGUUUUGAUUAUAGAAUGAAUACACAUAGAUUUUUGAUACUGGAAGAAGUCACAUUAUUUGAGUGCAAGAUUUUCUCUCUUUUCAGAAUUCUGUAUUAAAGAUUUAUAUUUUUCAAAUGAAUUGACAUGAAUAGGUGUGUAGCCAUGACAUAUAUGUCCAGUUGAAAACACAAGUAUUGAAUCUCUUUUCAAAAUAUUGCUAAAUUUGACACAGAUCGGCAAAAAAAAAUUACUAAAAAAAAGGAUUUUUUUUAUUAAGUUCAUUAUUAUAGCAUGUCCUUUUGCUGUUAAAUAUAUUUUUUUCGCCCAUUGCAAGAAAGGUUUCUCAUGUAUCAUCGUGAAUAAUAGGGCUUUUUGUUUUAUAAUUAUUGAGUGUGUAGUAGAUGCCAUCAGCAUUGUAACAAGUUGAUCAUUUAAGUCUUAAUACAUUUCUUUUUGUUUAUAUAUAUUUAAUUGUGUGACUUUCUGUCUGAAUUUUCAAACAGAUUAAUUUAGGUAUGAAAGUUCUGAACUGCAACAUAAAAAGAAGGAUUUAUUCUCUUGAAGACUGAAUUCAACAGUGAAGAAAACGUGGUGUACUAAGGCAAUUAACUCGUUCACCCCUGCAGACACAUGUUCAAAGGUUGGAUUAGUCCAUUAUGAAAUUUCAGGGGUGAAUGAGGUAAUAUGCAUGUUAUACAAAAUUAACCAUCAAACGAUUUGUGGGAACAAAAGUUGGUCAGUUGAACAAUGGAUGGAUGUCAGAAUCUGACAAGUGAUUGCUAUAUUUCCCCCCCCCCCCCUCCCUUCAAACCAACGCAUAUUUAUUUUAAACUAGCAUAAGGCAAGAGCAUCUCUUUACCCAUGGUAUGUGAUUUGUGAAAUUGAUGUAUGUGUGAUCACAGUGGUUUUGACUAUUGUACCUAUGACAGCUCUGUAUUAUCUGUCUGUUCAGUUUUUCCCACCUCCUUGAGCCGUCAUAAAACUUCUACUUUGGGGCUCAUCCCACAAGUACAUUUAUAAACAUAUACAGUGUAUUUUACACAGAGUCUGAAAAUAUCAAACAUUCAUGCGCAUGUGUACAUUUUGCAUGUUGCCGUUUCAGUUAAUAAGUAAGUAUGUAUAUACACGUGCAUUGAAUUUGUGCAUCUGUAUCAUUGCAGAUGUAAAAUAGAUUUUACAUGUAGGGGUGUGUUUCCGUGCUACUAGAUCUAGAGCUGUAAUAUAAUAGUGCAACAUAAUAUAUAUAUAUACAUGUAUCUGUGGUAUACCAGAUGUGUGAAAUGUGAUGUCUCACACACAGUAGGGUUCUGUAUGUUGAAAACUAUAUAGGAUUAAGAGUGACAAACAUAUAAAUAACACACCAUAUGUUAUCCUUCAAUAAAUGAAAAAUGAUUUCGUCAUUUGUGCCAAAGUCCUAGGAUAAUAAACCAGCAUCUUACAGAUCUUGGCUGAGAGCACAUCAUGAGUAAGUAUGUAUAUCAAAAAUAGUAAACCAUAAUCUGUUCUUUCAAAUACAUCUCGGGAGGGGGGGGGGGGAUAAUUCUGUUGGGAGUCUGACCAUUCUAAAAAGUCUAUAAAGUUAAGAUUGAGGGUAUCUGCAUGAGUGUUGAAACUCCGAAACUGAGGAGUUAUAAUUUGUUUGGCAUUUUCUGACUUUGAUUUGAUUGUAUGUUUACUUUAGCAAAUACUUAUGUACUAAAGAAAUCUUCUUUGUUAUAAUUUCCUUUUUCAAAGAAAACAUCUCUGCAUAGGGAAUUUGAUCCCACAACUUUUGAUUAUAAAGCAGGGAGGUUAUCUACUUUGCUACCAGACAUAUCUGUUAAAGUUAACGGACAGUUAUCUAUGGUCUAGCAGUAACCUCUCCACAGGCCCUUAAUGAACAGUCAUCUAUGUUUCCAACCUUGAAAUCAGCUUUAUUUAAUGGAAAAUUUUGAAUGACGAGCAAAACUUGCAAUUCACAAAAAGAUAUUGAUAUAUUGGGGUUGUAUAACUGUCUGGUAUUCAGAUUAAUUUAUGUCACCAUAGAUUUUCGUAUAUAUAUGGAUUUCUCGCGUACCUCACAGAACUGAUGUCUUAAAUUAUAUAGCCUGAUCCCGUACACACAGAAUGGAUAUUCAAUUUAUGUAAAGAUAUUGGACAAUAUGUAUUGUACACUAUGUACUUCAUAAUAAGCUGUUUCAAAGGUCACAGAAAUGAAAGAGAGGUCAACCUGCAACUAGGUAUUGCUGGUCUAAACUAAAGAUAACUUUUUUUCUUUUGAAGGAGUUCUGAAAAUGAAUCUAAUGAUUUUGAUAAGGGCUCUGAAACAAAAGGAAAACGAGUAGUAUUGUCUGGUAUGGGUUCAGAAAAACAACUUCAAGUGAUUUUUGUUUGGGUUUUGAAAUAAAAACCUAUUGAUUUUUUGUAUGGGUUCUGGGAAAACAAUAGCAGCCUAAAACAGCCAUCUUUAUAUACCAUAAAUGUUAGUUUUUCUGUCAAGCUCCAAUAACAAUAGAAAAUCUCGCCUCUUGUUCUGUGAUUCAAUUCUAGCAUCAGGUUAUAAUUAUCAAAAAGCCUGAUAAAGAUGGAACACUGUAUUGUGAUAGUGAAUUUUCUGUAGUAAACUUUUGUAUGCAGGCAUUUAUUUUUUUACUCGGUUCGGUUGUUGGAGAGCUGAACAGAGUGAUUACGCUGCUCCAGGUGUGGCAGAGCUGUAGUAACUGUGGAUCUAGGUGUCUGAGCAAUACUUCAGUAUGCUGAUCACCGUUGAGGUUAUUCCUUGUGAUAAUUGGAAUUCACGUAUGUAGUUUGUCUGGGCUUGGUUUCACUAGAGCAUUCAAUGCGUUUUGUUUUAUGUAGAGGGACCGGUUUUAUGUUGUAAAUUGUAGAGACUGCAUGUAAAUAUUUUGUAUGUAUCAUACAAAGUGGAGUAAAUAAUAUGUGCUAUAUUAUUGUCCAAAGUAGCCAACAGGAUGAAUUGUGUAAUAGGUUUGGCAUUGACUUACUGUUUUUUAGUUUUCAUUUGAUCAGAGUGAAUGUAGUUUCUUUUCAUUAAUGGGAUAAAAGUGCAUAGCAUUGAAUGGAAGAAUGUGGAAUUCUGUAUAUAUACACUUAAUGUUCAAUUUUCCACUACAUGUUAAUGGGAUCAAUAUUCUGCUUUUACGAUAGAUGAUAAUUUUCCAUCAAAUUUAAUGUAUUGUGCUGAAUAUCUGUCAUUUAAACUAUCACAGACAUAGAUCCCAUUAAAACUACUAUCAUUCACAUUUUAACUAUUGGGAUUUGUUUAUACAAUUGCAUUGCUUAAAAAAGAUCUGAAAUUACAUGCCCAAAAUAUAUUGGAAUUCUCCUAUUGCAAGGCAACAUUUUUAAGUUGGCUUGAAAAUAUAUAAAAAUUUCGAAGAAGACGGUAGAUUUCAAUCCUCUGAAUUGCAAACAGGGCGCUAUUUGAGAGCCAUUGAUCAGUACUGAAUCUUGUUGAGAGAGAUUUCAAGUGUAAAAUAGUGAUGAAUGAGAAACGAAUGAAACAAGUGUUUUGAUUUUAAUAUUGGCCUAAUAUUUCUCUUGCUAUGUGUACACGUAGGUAGGUUUUGUACUGGUCGGUACACAUUUCAUUCAUCAUAAUAUUUCUGUGUUUUAAGUUGUUUUUGUGUAUAUUUCCCCUUUUUUCUUUGAAGAACGUAAUAUUGUGUUCACCAGAACAUUUACAUUUUAGUAGCGUGUGAAUGACUGAUUUUGUGAAUAUCUUCAUAAUCAUAACCAAAGUAAAAUACAACAAAUAUUGCAUCUUUAGCAUUUCAGACAGGAAGUUACACGUUAUUAAGUAUUUUAAAGAUUGCUCAUGUGGUCAUAAAACAUGGGUCCAAUAAAUAAUUUUUAAUCUGUCAUGUUUUUAACAAAAUGAAAGUUACUAUUUCAACAUGUAUUUAGUGCUGGACAGGUAGAUUUAACUGGAGAAAGGCUCUUCAGUAUAACAAAUGGAGAGAGAGAUCCUGGAAAACGGUAUCUGUGAAAGUUCACGAUCAGUGCCAAAAUUAAUUUUACACAUGAUUGUAACUGAAGCAAAAAUCAAUCAUAAUAUCUAGUCCUAUUAUUGGCAUAUUUCUACUGAAAGUUCCUUCCAGGAAAUGAGUUUUGUGACUUUUUAGAACAUGAAUGAAAAAGAAACAUUCUGCAUAAAACUUCAAAUCAAUCAACGUAUCAUUAUAAUAUUGUGACAGAGCUUCAAGAGGUACCUUGUUAACAUCUAAAGGGUUAUCUUUCUUAAGUGUAAUAUUUUCAAGAAUUAUAAAACCAGAUAAAAAGUAGUAACUAUUGCGUAGCAGUGUGGUAAUUGUACAUAUGAGCGAGUCUGAUGUUUCGUACAACAAUAUGGGCCCAUUUAGUUUGUAAGGAGUGAGUGUUCAUGUCUUGUGUCCGAGUUUGAGUGUUAUUCUGUUAUGUCAGUUAUUUAUUAUUUAUUUCCAAUUACAGUUUGACAUAACAAUUCAUUAUAAUGGUAUAGUGCUUUUAUUCAAUGUAAAUGUAAUUUACUAUACACAAUUUCCUUCAAGUAUUGGAAACAAUAAAACUACUUGUUACAGUGA